UGCCGCUGCCGGCGAGAUCCUCCGCAGACGGACCUCCUCUCUCCCUCGCGUGCCAUGGCCGGCCUAUUCUCUGCCUGCUCCGGCAGCCCGACCACCACCCAUCUGCCUCUCUCCACCAUCCAAGCUCCACCUCCCUGUGCCGCUGUGCGCCGCCCAGGCACCACUUGUGCCCGACCUCGCUUCUUUUUCGUCAGGGCAUGGCAGCCUCAUGCUGCGCACGCCAGGAUCCGGCGAGAUCCGCCACGCCGGCGCAGAGAGACAUCAACCUCGACGUGUCAUGUCACCACAUCUGACAUGAAAGGAAGGAGGCGCCGGAGAAAGGGCUCGCCGGGCGGCCCAGAAGCUUCGGGCGGGAGCCGUUGUUUCAGGAAUUGUUUCUGCAACGCGGCCGUUGUUUCAGGAAUUAUUUCCGCAAUCUCCAAAUUUUUGCAACAUGGUAGUUGUUUCUGCAACACAGCCAUUGUUUCAGGAAUUACUUCUGCAACGCGACCGUUGUUUCAGGAAUUGUUUCUGCAACGCGAUUAUUGUUUCAGGAUUGUUUCUGUAAUGCGGCCGUUGUUUUUGCAACUGGUUUGUUGUUUCGGGAAUUAGUGUGUCGAGAAGGCGAGGCGCGGGUCUGUCAGGGCCGGGACAAAGCGCUUGUUUCUGCAACUCGACCGUUGUUUCAGGAAUUAAUGAGUGGGGGGAGGCGACCGAGCCGCGUGCCAGGAGAUCGACGGCUACACGCACGUAGAUCGAACGGUCAUCGAGGCGGCGGAUGUAUCGCGCGGAUCCGCCGGUGGAUGCGUAGCGUCGCCCGUCCAGUAGUGUAUAUCUUGAAUGAUGAUUUCUUAACGCCUGUGUACAUCGCCUGCGUUUCAGCUGGAAAAACAUGACUUUUCUUCUCUGUGUUUGACCACUAUACUACUCCUGUUGUCCUUUCUUGACUUUGUCAGCAUUUAGGCCUAACCUAUAAAAAUAAAACCCCUCACAACUUGCAUGUUUCUACCCGAAUACCCAAAUACCCAAUCACAAACAACAGACGUACACGUAUCACCAUAAGCUGCAAAUAUGUCAGCUCUAGCUCUAGCUCUAGUACUGCUCUGCUCGGCGACGAUCAUGGUGGCGCCGGCGGCGGCGGACGUGGAGUCCCACAGCUUCCCCGUCUUCAACGUCACCACGACCGAGAGCCUCUGGGUCGCCACGAACAUGUCCAUCGUCAUGCCCGCAGCGCUCCUCUUCAUGCCCGAGCAGCCGCUUCCCGAGGUCAACGUUUCCGAGGGGUUUCUGCUGCUCCCCAAGAGGAUCGACGUCUGGCGCGCCGGCGCCGGCGCGCUGCCGACACGCGAGGCGUCCUUCAACACGAGCUUCACGGUGGAAAGCUCUGCCCCUCCCGUCUCGUUCGUCCUCCUCCUCGACAGGUUCCCGACACUCAACAACCCCUUGGGCCUCCGCGGCGCUAACGACUCGUGGACGGGCGCCGCGCCCAACGCCACGGACGGCCUCACCGCGGUCGAGGUCGGCACGGUGAGGUCGUACGCGCCAGAGUCCCCGAACGUCGGCCUCAACGUCACCAUCACGCCCAACGGCACCGCGGCGCCUGGCCGCCGCGCCGUGUGGGUCGAGUACAACGCCGUCAAGCACCUCCUGCGCGUGUACGUCGCCGCCGGUGGGGAACCGAGGCCAGCCAGAGCGCUCCUCGACGCGCGGCUGUCCCUCGCUGGCCAAGGCACCACGCAAACCGCGUUGGUUGGCUUCUUCGCCGCCAGAGUCCGCGAUAUCUUCCUCGGUGUUCGUGAUUGGGACCUCAUGGUGGACAGGCUCAACACCAACGGCAAGAAGAAGGGAACGUCCUGGUGGGUGAUACUAAUCGCGGUGCUCGGGUCCGUAGCCGCCACAGCCGCCAUCAUCUCUCUGGUGGUGUGCUCCUUUGUAUCGAGGCGGCGGGCGCGCGAUAUGGAACCCAAGCAAUAGUCUAUACAGACUUGUCACGUGCGUGUGACGUCUAUCUGCAACUCUGCAAACUACUCUGUUUUUAGUUUUUAUGUUACUUCCAAGCUUGAAAUUCAAAUUUAACGAGUGAAGAAAGCGUACGGCACUUUUCUUUUCCUACUUAAAAAGCGCAUAAUGUUCUAAGCUAUUUUUUCUC